AUGGAUUCACAGCAGGCAGCUUUCGAAAAGUUCAAGACAUCGGGAACUGGACGCGGAGGACGCUCAUCAGAAGGAAUGUCUUCGAAUCGUCGUGGCGAUGAUGGACCCAUGCCAGACCUUUAUUCCAUCCACAAUGGCAAAGUUGUUCGAGUCAAGGUGACAAGUUUGCAGGACGACAAGAUCGCCCUGUCAAUGAAGUAUGUCAGCCAAGGCAAUGGCGAGGAUCUCGAUCCAAACCUUGUUCAGUUGACUGGAGCAGAGGACAAGAGACGGACACAUGCUGGAUUUGUGGAUAAGGCGCCGAUCUCGAUUGAGCAAGGAGGGGUGUUGUUGAAGACUGUGUGUAGCAAGUGUGGGGCUACAGGACAUUUGGCGACAGAGUGUUUUUCUGCGGGUGAAAAGUUUGAGCUUCUUGAGGACGAUGAUGAUUAUGGUGGCGAUGUUGCAUAUGGUGGUGGUGCAGGGCAAGGGAAAGAGAGAGAGAAGAAGAAAUCGCACAAAGAUCGGUCUCAUAGGGACGAGGGCAAGAGUCGUGACAAGGGUCGGGAUCAUGAUCGCCAUCGAGAGAGUAGCAGUCGACGUGAUCACAAGGACAAGAAAGAGUCUUCGAGUCGUCGUAAAGAAAAGAGACACGAUCGAUCCCGAAGAAGCAGCGCAGGUCCAGAUAUGGCGACAGCGAAGACAGCGACGAGGAAGGAGAUAAUGGACGGAAGGACCGUUCGCGAUCUGGGCGAUCUGAGCGAUUAG